AACCACAUUAAUAGUAAUAAUUCUUCCUUGCGGCCCCAAAGUCGACCCUAGGUCUCUCAAACGCUCACGGCACUCGCGAUUCCCAAAUCUUUGAAUGUUUUUCAAAUUAAAUUAUUGCAGUAGUUCAUAAAUUCUGUUUCCUUCACUUUCUUCCACUAUAGUUCUUGACCUUUUUCUUUCUUAUAUGAUAUUUGCCUUCCUUUUUUAGUAAAACUAAAUUUUGUGAUAGGAAAUAGAUAAAAAUGGGGAAAAAUCAAGCUUACAAAGCGAUGCAGAGAGCUCGGCUUGGCUCCAGCUCUGCUGGCCCUGAAGAUGUCGAAGAUGGCAUGGUGGACAGUUCAUUUCAUUCACCAGAAUGGCAUGCUGCUCGUUUGGCAAGUCUCAAAACAUCCCAUACGGUUACUUGGGAGGAGUACAAAAGGAAGCAAAAGGAAGAAGAAAUGAGAAAGGGGGAGUUGGAAGCAGAUAAAGAUAAAAUGAUGAGAGAAUAUAGGGCUCAGCUAGAUGCUGAAAGGGCACGUAAGCUUGCCCAAGGAAGAAACUACUCGAGUAGUAAAUCUACUCGCAAAAAGGAUAAGAAGGAAAAGGAUUCAAGAAAACACAGCAGCAAGAAGCGAAAGGUAAUACGUCUAUUGCAUGGCUGACUCCUUGACGAUAAAUUGUUAAAAUCAAGAUAAGUAUUUCUUCUGCACCUUAAAGGAAUAGCUUUAGCAACAUCAAAAUAUGGGCUCGAACCAAAGUGGAUUAUUCUUCAUCUCAUGAGAUGUUUGUAUGUUGUCUAAAUUGAACCAUCCUGGUUGUUUUAUGUACACGAUGACCAACUUCAGAUAAUUUUAUAAUCACUCAUAGAGAAUUUUGUAGAUCAAUAUAGCAAAGAGAAGAGAUUCAAUUCAAAAUAUGAUUUUAAUCUUAUUUCUGACAUACGCUGGUUACUUAAAAUUUCUGUCCAUGUGAAAUUCAUUACAAGUUAUUCAUUAACAAUUGGAAUGGUUACAUUUUAAACAGUUGGGUCUGUUGAUUUAGAUGCCAGCAAACUCUAGUAGUCUUAAUAUACAAAAAAUUGCAGGGGAAAAUACAUAGCAGCCGUUGUAUUUUUGAUCAAGUUCUUUAGGAUAGAUAAUGACACUUUUUAUGUUGUUGCAAUAGCUCUCCAGUAGUAGUAAUAUUUCAUUCAUUGUUUACAUUAUCUUAUGACGAGUCUAAACUAUAUUUUGGUACUUAA